UCCGUUAAGCCGCUUCGGCUGCAGUUAAGCUCUACACAAGUGUCAUUAUUUAUAAAGGGAGCACAAAGAGAGAUUCUACCCAGAAUGCCUCAGACUAACAAGUCAGUGAGCGGCGGCAGCGUUCCAGGCCAGGCGUCUGCUCCAGAUCAAGGUGAACCUCCGCCAGCACUUCUGAAUGUGAGGGACGAGGCAGCAGCUGGAAAUGGCCGAGGAGAAGCUGAAGAAGACCAGGGAGACCCAGAGAUCAUUAAAUCACCCAGUGAUCCCAAGAAAUACAGGUACAUUGAGCUGAGUAAUGGCCUCAGAGUGCUCCUCAUCUCUGACUUCAGUGGAUCAAAUGCAAAGGGAGGGGGAGAUGACCAGCAGGAUCAGGCAGGGGCACAGGGCAGGGAUGAAGUGGAGGAAGAGGAGGAGGGGGACUCAGGAGAGGGGUCGGAGGAGGAUGAGGAGGAGAACGAAGAGGAGGAGCAGGACAGUGACUUUGAUGAGUUGGACGAGGAGAACGCCGGGAAGAAGAAGAAGGGCAGCUCUGAAAAGCAGGCUGCAGCUGCUCUGUGCAUAAGUGUUGGGAGUUUCAGUGACCCUGAUGACCUGCCCGGCCUCGCACACUUCCUCGAACACAUGGUGUUUAUGGGCAGUGAGAAAUAUCCGGCUGAGAACGGCUUCGACGCCUUCCUGAAGAAACACGGCGGAAGUGACAACGCCUCGACCGACUGUGAGCGAACCAUCUUUCAGUUCGACGUCCAGAGGAAAUAUUUCAGAGAGGCGCUCGACAGGUGGGCUCAGUUUUUCAUCUGCCCUUUGAUGAUUGAAGACGCCAUCGACAGAGAGGUGGAGGCUGUGGACAGCGAGUACCAGCUGGCGAGGCCGUCUGACUCCCACCGCAAAGAGAUGCUGUUCGGGAGUCUGGCCAAACCUGGACACCCCAUGAGCAAAUUCUGCUGGGGUAAUGCCCAGACGUUAAAACACGAGCCCAGAGACAAACAGAUCAACACCUACCAGCGGCUCAGAGACUUCUGGAAGAGAUACUACUCUGCUCAUUACAUGACACUCGCCGUUCAGUCCAAAGAGUCUCUGGAUACUCUGGAACAGUGGGUGAGAGAAAUCUUCAUCAAGGUUCCCAACAACGGUGAGCCUCGGCCCGACUUCUCUCACCUGCAGCAGCCGUUUGACACUCCAGCCUUCAACAAACUGUACCGAGUGGUUCCUGUGAGGAAGGUUCACGCUCUGACCAUCAGCUGGGCUGUUCCUCCACAGGGAAAACACUACAGAGUGAAGCCUCUUCACUACAUUUCUUGGCUGAUCGGACAUGAGGGAACCGGCAGCAUCCUGUCUCUGCUGCGGAAGAAGUGCUGGGCUCUGGCUUUGUUUGGAGGAAACAGCGAAACAGGCUUCGACCAGAACACCACCUACUCCAUCUUCUCCAUCUCCAUCACCCUGACCGACCAGGGCUACCAGAACUUCUACCAGGUGGUCCACUUGGUGUUCCAGUACCUGAAGAUGCUCCAGAAUCUCGGUCCACAGCAGAGGAUCUAUGAAGAAAUUCAGAAAAUAGAAGCCAACGAGUUCCACUAUCAGGAGCAGACGGAUCCCAUCGAGUUCGCGGAGAACAUCUGUGAGAACAUGCAGUUGUUUCCCAAAGAGGACUUUCUGACCGGAGAUCAGCUGAUGUUUGAGUACGACCCGCAGGUGAUCAGUGCUGCUCUGUCUCUGCUGACUCCUGAUAAAGCCAACCUGCUGCUUCUGUCUCCUGAGAACGAAGGUCAUUGUCCGCUCAGAGAGAAGUGGUUUGGGACCUGCUACAACAUGGAGGACGUCCCAGACGAGUGGGUCCAGCGCUGGGCCGGAGACUUCCAGCUGAACCCUGACCUCCACCUUCCAGCCCACAACCAAUUCAUCGCGACUGAUUUCACCCUGAAAACGUCCGACUGCCCGGACACAGAGUUCCCCGUCCGGAUCAUAACCAGUGACCGAGGCGCUCUGUGGUACAAGAAGGACAACAAGUUUAAAAUCCCCAAAGCCUACAUUCGUUUCAACCUGAUCUCCCCGAUGAUCCAGAAAAGUCCAGAGAAUUUGGUGCUGUUCGACCUGUUCGUCAACAUCUUGGCUCACAAUCUGGCGGAGCCGGCGUACGAGGCCGACGUGGCUCAGCUGGAGUAUAAACUGGUGGCCGGAGAGCACGGGCUGGUGAUCCGGCUCAAGGGGUUCAACCACAAACUGCCGCUGCUGUUGAAGCUGAUCGUGGACCACCUGGCGGAGUUCAGCGCCGAGCCGGCCGUCUUCGCCAUGUUCUCUGAGCAGCUGAAGAAAACCUACUUCAACAUCCUCAUCAAACCGGAGAGACUCGGCAAAGACGUGCGCCUGCUGAUCCUGGAACACUGCCGCUGGUCCGUCAUCCAGAAGUAUCAGGCUCUGAUGAAGGGACUGACCGUCGACGACCUCAUGACCUUCGCCACCCAGCUGAAGGCGGAGCUUUACGUCGAAGGUCUGGUGCAGGGUAACUUCACCAGCACGGAAUCCAAAGAGUUUCUGCAGGACUUCACACAGAAGCUGCAGUUCCAGCCGCUGACAGCAGAGGUCCCCGUUUUGUUCCGGGUGGUGGAGCUGCCUCAGAAACCUCAUCUGUGUAAAGUCAAGUCUCUGAACAAAGGAGACGCCAACUCUGAGGUCACCGUCUACUACCAGUCAGGGCUGAAGAACCUCAGAGAACAUGCACUGAUGGAGCUGAUGGUGAUGCACAUGGAGGAGCCCUGCUUCGACUUCCUCAGGACUAAAGAGACACUCGGGUAUCAGGUGUACCCCACCUGCAGGAACACCUCAGGGGUGCUGGGAUUCUCCGUCACCGUGGAAACGCAGGCCACAAAGUUCAGCUCCGAGUUUGUGGAGGCCAAGAUCGAGGAGUUCCUGGUCAGUUUUGGCGAGCGUCUGUCCGGCCUGAGCGAGGACGCCUUCAAGACUCAGGUGACGGCGCUCAUCAAACUGAAGGAGUGCGAAGACGCUCACCUGGGGGAGGAGGUCGACCGCAACUGGUUCGAGGUCGUGACGCAGCAGUACGUCUUCGACCGGCUCAACAAGGAGAUCGAGGCUCUGAAACUCUUCUCUCAGGCUGAACUGGUUUCCUGGUUCCUGGAACACAGAAACAGCAGCAGAAAACUCAGCGUCCACGUGGUCGGUUUCGGCGUGGAGGAGAACGACCCUUCAGACCAGAGCGUCCUCUGCCCCUCAGACGGCGCCGACAACCCCCCGUCGUCCGCGUACGGCGAAGUCAGCGAGCUGAGCUUCCUGCCGGCCUGGACGCCGCAGCUGCAGGACGCCGCGCUCAUCACAGACAUCAGAGCCUUCACGGCGUCGCUGCCGCUCCACCCCUACCACAAGAUCCUGCACUAGGUCGGCGUCAGCGGAGCCCCGCCUCCGUCUGGGAUGAUGCUGUAACCGUGGCAACCGCUGGCAACAACAUCCACACUGUGUGAUCAGAGAAGAGGCAAUGUUUUGUUUUGUUUUUUUGUGACGCUGCGUUCACAACGUGUGGGAAAAAACUGGAAAAGACAUGAAGAUGAGGCUUCGAUUCGGUCUUCUGCCCCUUUAACAAAAUACUUGUGCAUUUACGGUCGUAAUUUCAAACCGAAGAGGAAAAUCAAACAGUCACUUACUGCUGGAAUUCAUUAUUUACAAAAAAAGAGAGAAAAAAAAAAUCUUCUCUACUUUCUCAUUUUCUUUAACCUAACAGCCAAGCACUUAAAGAAGAAAAAGUCAGCAAAAAAGAUUAAAAUAAGUAUAAUAAACAAAAGUAAUAUUAAAUCAGAUUGUAAAAGCAUGAAAAGAGACAGGAUUGAAGCAGCGCUCUGACCUUAGGCCUAAAGCUGCAGGUUCCAGUUCAGCUCCACAGGUAACAUCUGGAGAGGAUGCUGCAUAAAAACACAUCUGCUAAAAUCCUAGUUUUGUACAGAAACUGAUCGUAAAGUUACAGAUUACAACUGAAGCUUUGGAUCAUCAUCAUCAAAUCCUUCUGAAAACCACUGUCACGACAGUUUGAUCAGACUUUAACACGUAAAACCAUAUGUUCUGCAUCUGUUGAAUCUUAUUUUUGUGUAUUAACAGUAAACUGAUUCCUGCAUAAAAAAGUACAAACAUACAGUUUUACUACACAAAUACAUACCAGAUGAGGUUUCUCUAGUCAGGGAUUUUUUUCCCAGGUGCAGUGAAUGCAGCGUGCUGACUCAGGGCUCCAGUGUGUUCAAACAGAAAACCUGCGGAAAGGCAGAAAAAUCAUCUGUUCCUUCAGUUCCUUCUGUGACACAUCCAUGUUCAUACUGUAAUAUUUUGUGAAAUAUGAAUGUAUAGACUAAUGGCGUCUGUUGGCCAGUGAUGUGACCAGUGACUUUUAAUGACAAUAAAUAGAAACCUUUUAACUUUG